AUGGUGCGAGCAGCGCCCCCCGCGCAUGGGGAUGCGAUCCGGCAUCGGGGCGCCCAGUAUCACCGGGUGCUCCUGCUGCUGGGCUUGGUGCUUGGCUUGCUGGCCACCGCGGCCAGCGCCACGGUGCGGCUCCCGGCGCACCGUCAUCUCGCGCGGACUCUGGGUCGGCUCUUUGAUGAGCAGGAUGGCGUUCGAGGACUGGCCGCCGAGCUGCCGGUGACCCGAGACCCGACCCCGCUGGACCUGUACCGCGCCCCGGCAAUGGUCUCCCUGACUCAGGGCUACGUGUCAUAUUGGGAUGUGUGUGAUGAGGCCGGCCGGCCGGGGGCCGACGGUGUGCCGGACCUGGUCCUGGCCUCGGGCGAAUGGAUUGAAGUCUACUGUGUGCGGGGCUUGGCGGCCGAGGGCGAUGUCCGGACCCCCCCGCUGCCGGGCGGCGGCUCCGUGCCGACGGUGCCCCACUUCUUCGGGCCCCUGGGUGGUGGGCUUUCCGGGCCAUCGGCCGCGCUGACUGGCCCAGCCAUUUGCCGGGUCCAUGGCGGGGCAGUGUGGUGCUUUGUCAUGGAAAAUGGCCGGAUGUAUCUGGCCGAGUGGAAUGCCCAGCCCGGUGUCCUGCCUGGCGAGCCCUCGCGGCUGCGUCGAAUCAACACCAUCUCCAUCGGGAACUCCGUCCCUGGGGUGGUCCCCUGGAUGCCGAGUGCCUUCAACAUCGGAAGUGAAAGCGGGCUUUUCAUGCUCAGCUUCAGCGCUAUGUCCAACUUUUUCUCGUUGAACUUCGAUCCGGUGGCCGAUCGGGCAGACACCUCCAUGACGACGCCCUUUUCGUCGGUGGUGUCCAUGGUGCCGACCACCAACCCGGAGCAGCUGCUGCUGACCGGGGCCGAUGGUGUGUAUGAUGCAUUCCUGCCGAGCUACGCCAAUCGCAGCGUGAAAAUGCUGGCUCGGCUGCCGGCCGGCGAUGAAGCCUUCGGCACGGCCGUGGAGGUGGACAUGCCGCCUGGCCUCGGGCGGGUGUUCGUGCUCCCGGUCGUCAACCGGUUCUCGAUCCUCCACCAGCCGGCCGGAUCGGCGGCCCCCGGCACCGAAAUCACCUCCCGGGCAUACAGCGACAUUCUCUCCAAUGCCGAGCUCAACGACCUGUAUGGGAAUUCGAAUGACUUCGAAAUGGUGUCCAUUCCGCGCCCGGAGCUCGGAUGCACGGACAUUUUGUGCACCUUCCGCGUGCAGCUGGGCGACCUGCGUCGGGCCACCUACAGCCUGGGCUGCCUGGGGCAUGGGGAUCUGCGCCUGCGGGCCGACGUGACCCCGGGGCUGCUGAUGCAGACCCUGGAUCAUCGGGGCCUCAAUGUGGCGGCCUUUGCCAGCCCGGGCGACCGACGCUGGAUGCUGACCGACAUGUCGCCGCUGCUGUCCCGGAGCCAGCUGGGCUGCGACGGCCCGGACUAUUCGAUCACCUGUGGCCCGGUGCUUUCGGCCGGGCUUUCGGUCAAGGGCUUCGAGGUGGCUUGUGCUCCUGGCAGUGGGCCCGGCUUGAAUGGCCUGCCCUCGGGGGGUCUCUUCUGUCCGGGCUGUGCCUCUGGCUUUACUCCUUCCUCGGACAUGGCCGCCGAUCGCGCGGCAUGCAUCAGCUGCAGCGCGUCUGCCGAGUGUCACAUGUGCCGAGCCGACCGGCCGGACAUCUGUCUGCUGUGUGCCCAAUCGGACGGGCGCCUCGGGCUGGAUGGCCAGUGUGCCGACUCGUGUGCCGUCAGCAGUGACAUCGGCCCCUCGGCCGGGUCUCCCUGUGCGACGGAGUCGCCGGCGGAGCCGGUCCCCGGGGCGCCGGUCUGGCCGCCGGCCGCCGGGGACCCCUUCCUACCUUUGGCUUUGAUUCCCUCGCCGGUGGGCUUCCGUUCGGCCGAUGGGCUCCCGUCAGCGGCCCUUGGCCAUUCGGGCGAGUAUUACCUGGGCGUCGGGGCGGCCGGAUUGGCUGGGCUGCACUUGGCCCAUCCGCCGUCCGGUCGUGCGCCCGGCUCGCCGGCCCCUCUGCCCUCGAGCCUGGACUGGCAGACCGGCCUGAAUGCGAUCUUCGGCCUGGUGGGCACGGGCGGUGCUGCGGCUGCUGCCUUGAAGCUGGCGCACUUCCUCCCGGCCCCGGGCCGGACGGAUGUCUGGCAUCUGGUGGCUUGUCCCUCGGCGGCGGCGGCGUCGCCGCUGCUGGCGACGAUCGACUGCUCCAGUGAUGUCAACGCCUGUGCCGUGACGGGGGGCCUCCAGCCAUGGGAGCUUGUGUACCCGGUGUUGCCUGCCGGCGUGGGCUGCGAGGCGCUGGUUGCCUGUGGCCAUCCAACAACUGGUCCCUCCUCCGAGAGGGCGCCAUCGGAUGUGCUGAUUGUCACUCGGGAUUCCUCGCUGUCGACCGAUGACUUCGAGGUGUGGUCCCUGUUGAGCAUCCUGGCCGGCGCGCCGGUCCGGCAUCCCUCGGUGACGCCGAACCCCGCAUGCACGGGCGUCUUCGCCGGGCUGCCGAUGCCGGGGUUGCUGCACGCGGUGCGGGAGCCCGCCGCACCGGACGGCCUGGGCCUGGUCCUGCAAGGGGCCGUUCAAAAUGCCCCGGAUGUGAGCAUGGCCAUGGCCAUGGCCAUCGAUCGGUCGAUGCUGCUCAGCGGCGGCGGGGCGAUGGCCAGUGCCAAGAAGGUCAUCCUGCUGGCGGACAACCACCACCGGACCGGGCGUCCGCCGGUGGCAUCGGCGCGCGCCGCCACGCACAUGGUCCUCGGCACCCUGGCCGCCGGUGGGUCCGGCACCAGCCUCCUGGUGGAGGUGGCCCAUCCGACGAACAUGCACCGGCCUGGUGCCCAAGUGGCCCUGAAUGCGCCCCAGGCGCUGGGCCUGCUCCCGGCGGGGGAUGCCCUGCCGGUGGGUGCCAUGGUGUUGGAUCUGACCAGUGACCAGGUGGGCGACCUGCUGGUUGUGACCGAGCGCGGGGUGGCCCUGGCUGCGGGGCUCCCGAUGACCGGGGGCUUUGGCCAGGUCCGGUGGCUGAUGCGCUCCGAGCCCGGGGUGUCUGGGGCCGAGGUGGCGUUGGCCGCCGAUACCCGCGUGUAUGGGGCGCUGCCUCUGCAGGCGCCCGGGCGGCUGGUGCCGCAUGCGCUGGCGGUGCCGACGUCGGCCGGCCUGGCGCUCGUGAGUCUGGCCGUGGUGGACCGCUGUGCGGAUGGGUCGUACCUGGAGGCCGGCGCCUGCCGGGCCUGCCACGAUGUGUGCUCCACAUGCACCGGGCCGACGGCGGUCGAUUGUGUGGAUUGCCCGUUGCGCAAUGCCCGGGGCGAGUGUGUGCCCGGCUGCCGGCGGGAUUGCCUGUCCUGCCAGAUAACCCCCGGGGGGAAUGCCAUGUGUGUGGCCUGCCCGGUGGGGUAUGUCCCGGAUGGGGCCCAUGGGUGUGCUCGAUGCACUCUCGGGUGUGACAGCUGCUCCGGUCCGGCGGCCGACGAGUGUCUCGGCCCCUGUCGCGAUGGCCUGGUCCUGUCCAAUGGCCGGUGUUUGGUGUCCUGCCCGCCGGGGACCGGUGCCCUGAAUGGCGAGUGUCAAACCUGCCCUCGGGGCGGGUCUGGCGGAUGCACUGCCUGCGCGCAAAGCACCGAGACCACCCUUUCCUGCACCGUGUGCCAUGAGGAUCACUAUGUGGAUCCGCUGACCGGAGCCUGCCAGUGGUGCAACCCGGCUUGUGCUUCGUGCAUUGGCCCGGCCGUGGACGAGUGUACCGCCUGCCCGGCCACCGCGGCCGAUGGGGCCGAAUUGUGGCUCCAUGCCACGGGCCCGGCCGGGGAGUGUCUGCGGGUGUGUCCGGCGGGCUUCGCGGCCGAUGUGGCCUCCAAGUCGUGUCUCCCCUGCCACGAGUCGUGCGAGGCGUGCACCGGCACCGCGGUGGCCGGUGGCCCGGCCCUUGACAGCAGUCGCUGCACUGCCUGCCCGGGGGAUCGGUAUGCCGAGAAGGUGGUCCUGACUCCGGAAGAGCCUGACGGUCCGGCCUAUGUCCAGUGUCAUGCAUGUGACGACUCGUGUGCGGGGUGCACCGGGCCUGGGCCGAGCGACUGCUCGGCCUGCGCGGUUGGCUUCCGCAUGGUGCAGAAUGCCGGCCGGACUUACUGCGAGGCGACAUGCUCGCGUGGCUUUUUCGAGGCCCCCUCGGGCGAUUGUCUGGAGUGCCACCCGAGCUGCGGGGCGUGUGUCGGCGGUGCCGAUGCCAGCAACUGCACGGAAUGCGCCGCGGGGUUGGCAUUCGAGCUGGACAUUUGCCCUGGCGGCGGGGCCGGCACCUCGCCGACGCGUCUCUGCCCGGAGGCCCGGUGUGUGAGUGCCGACUGUCCGGUUGGCCAGUUCCUGGCCUCCGAUGGGGUGUCCUGCGCCGCAUGCGAUGCCUCCUGCCGGGCUUGUUCCGGCCCCGGGGCCGAUCAGUGCCUGGACUGCAUGGACCCGGGGGUGGUCAUCGAGAAUGCCCACUGCCCUGGGACCGUCUGUGCGGAGGGCUUCUUCCCGAGUGCGGACUACACGUGCCAGAAGUGCUUCCACCAGUGCCGGUCGUGCUCCGGGCCGCGGAGCACCGAGUGCACGGCUUGCAUCGACGGUCUCCUGCUCUUUGCGGGUCGCUGCAUGGACCGGUGUCCGGCUCGGUUCUUCGCCUCGGCGGCCGGGGUGUGUGAGCCCUGCUCCGAGGGGUGUCUCGUGUGUUCCGGCCCGGAGGGUCAUCACUGCAUGCAGUGCGAGCGCAACCUGUUCAUGGUGCCGGGUGGUCUGGUCGAGGACCAUGCCGGGGGCUGUGAUGGGACUUGCCCGGCUCGGACCAUCAACAUCGGUGGCCAGUGUGCCGGGUGCCAUGCCUCCUGUGACCAGUGCAUUGGCCCGAAGCCGAAUCAGUGUCUGACUUGCCGGGCGCCGGAGGCCCUGUUGCAGGGGGGCGAUGCGAUGUGUGUGGACACCUGCUCGGUGGGGUUCUUCCCGCCGCCGGUGUCCGCGGCUGGCACCUGCUCUCCCUGCAGCCCGUAUUGCUUGGAGUGCUCCGGCCCCGGGGCCAAGCAGUGCACGGCCUGCUCCGGGGCGAGUGGCCUGCUGGCUGAUGGCCUUUGUCGGGCUGCCUGUCCGAGCGGCUGGUUCAAGGUGGCCGGGCUGGAUGUCUGUGAGCCUUGCUCGGCCAAGUGUCGGACCUGCUCCGGGCCCGGGGACAAUGCGUGCACCGGCUGCCAGGCAGAUCAGGUCCUCAGUGAGCCGGGCAUCGGGUCGUGCCUGGAUGGCUGCCCGGUUGGGCGCUUCUUCCGGCUGGAGGACCGGUCGUGUGUCGCUUGCGAUGUGUCAUGCGCCAAGUGCUUUGGUCCUGGAUCGAGCCGCUGCUCGGAGUGCUCGGCCGGCAUGGUGGUUUCCGACGGGCGGUGUGUCGAUUCCUGCCCGGCGGGCACCUUCCUGGAUGGUGGCCUGUGUCGGAAGUGCGACCAUUCGUGCGGGUCCUGUCGGGGGGCGGAGUUUUCCCAGUGCACAUCCUGCCUGGAGGGGCGCCUCCUGCAUGAGGGCAUGUGUCGGACCGAAUGUCCGGCGGGGUUCUCGGCGGAUGCCGGGGCGCGCAUUUGCGAAGCCUGUCCGGAGCAUUGCGAGGUGUGCUCCGGCGAGGGGGCCUCUCGGCAGUGUGCUCUCUGCACGGCUGGGGCUCUGCGCUUGGGGACCGGGUGUGUGUUUGGCCAGUGCCCGGGUGGCUUUGGCACGAAUGACGGCCAGACCUGCCUGCCGUGUGACACCUUUGACUUGGAUGAUCCGACGAACCUACCGCCGAGCGGCUGUCAGGUCCCCUCCAAGGGCCAGUCCAAGGGGCUUGCCCUGGGUCUGGCCCUGGGUCUGUCGCUGGCGCUCUUGCUGGUGGUGCUUUUGGUGAUCCUCUGGGUGCUGUACCGCCGGCGCCAGAAGCACCUGGAUGGCAAGGAGUCCCUGGCGAUGGAAGCCCUUGAUGUGGAUCAGACCAUCCUAAACACCACGAUCGCUCUGUCCCUGCCGGGCCAUCUGGCCUUUGACUUUGCGGACAUCGCUCGGUUGGUGGAUCAUCAUGAUGGCGGGGCCAUCGCCUCCGGUGGCCAGGGUAAGGUUCAGAUCAUUGAGCUGACCGAUCCCGACCUGAUCCAGCUCCAUGGGUCGUCCGAUGCGGCGGCCAAGUUCUUCACUCAAGAUGGCCAUCAGCCGGCCCAUGGUAGCAUCUUCGAGCAUGAGAUCGCCAUCAUGUUCUCCCUCGCGCACCUCCCAUCGGUGGUCCAGCUGAUCGGCUACUCGAUCAGCCCGCCUGCCAUCUUCAUGCGCAAGUACGAGAUCGACCUCGGCGGGCUGCUCAGCUCGGAGAUGGAACUGACUGCGGCCGAUGGCCAGCACUUGCUGGCGGACUUGUCCUCUGGUCUGGAGGCCAUUCAUGCCGCGGGCUAUGCCCAUCGCGACAUCAAGCCCGGGAAUGUGUUCAUCUCACUGGCGAAUGGGUCGAAUUUGCCCAGCCCUUCGGGCGGCCGGUGGCACGUGGUCUUCGGCGAUUUCGGCGCCGCCCUCAACAUCACCAACCCCUCGGUCCUGAAGGAGCUGGAGUUCAAUGCGCUGUCGCGGAUGUUCGCUGCGCCGGAGCUGGUCCAUGCCUUUAACCAGCAGCUGCGGCUGCCGGUGGAGGGUCACUUUGCGUGCGAUGUGUAUGCCUUUGCGGUGCUGGCAUGGUGUGUGAUGGCUCGCUCGAGGAAGCCGUCGAUCGAUCCGUCGACCAGUCGUCCGCCUUUGGCUGGCGAGUUGUUUGGCAGCUGGAACUGGCCGGAGGACGACCUGGAGCGCUUCAUCGGGGCCAUUUCCCAGGCAUGGGCCGAGGACCCGGGCGCCCGGCCGGCGGCCCCUGACCUGGCUCGGGCCUUUGCCAUGCCCUAA